AUGCGUCGGCACCAACCUCCGUCCGCUCUGUCCUCCAACGAUCCCCUGUCUCUCCUCCGCGCAUACGACCACGAAUCCAAUCCCAGCCGCCCGAUACGCUCGUCGCCGCUGACGGCCUCGACCAUCCAUGGCCUGCCUCUCGAGCUGACAGACCGUCUGCGCUCCUUUCCGCUCUUCGCCUCGGCCCCAGACUCCUUCCUCGCUGCCAUCGGAAAGUUCCUACGCCCACAGCUCUUCCAACCGCACGAGUACAUCCUCACCGAAGGCGAUGACGCCAAAGCCAUGUACUGGCUGGUCCGGGGGUCGCUGAGAGUCACGUCAAGAGAUGGAGAAAGUACCUAUGCCGAGCUCAAACCCGGCGCCUUCUUUGGCGAGAUCGGCAUCUUGAUGGACAUUCCGCGCACCGCUACCGUCAUUGCUCAGCUACGAUCUUUGGUCUUGAAGCUCAACAAGGAGGACCUACAAAAGGUCCUCCCAGCCUUUCCCGCCGUCGAGCGUGCCAUACGUGACGAGGCUGCGGAACGAUUGGCCAUCCUUGAACGCCUGAAAAAGGAACGCGUCGCUCCUGUUGCUUCUUCUGGCUUGCGCAAACGAUCGCGUGACUUUGUCGAGCGCGAUGUCGAUAUGCAAGACGUAGGAAUCCAGGACGACAGCAACAAGCGUCGCAAAUCUCCCAGCCCCAGUCUUGCCGAAGCUGCAGCCAACAGUGUCCUGGGAAACGCAAAUUUGACUGUACGCCAGAUUCUGCAGGAGUUGCCCUUAUUUGCAGGACUCUCCGCCGAGAUUCUGCAUUUCCUGGGCGUCAACGCUCAACCAUGCUCAUUUGGCCCAUUUACAGAUGUGAUAACCCAAGGCUCGCAAGGUCGAGAUGUCUACUUCCUCGUGCGCGGCGAAGUCGAAGUUGUGACUGAGGCGCCUGGUAACAAAAUCAAUGGCAUGACAGGUAUGCUGUCGCCUGUGCAGCGAGUGCGGGCUCGUCUCAAGCCUGGACAGUACUUUGGUGAAGUCACCAGUCUCUCACUUGCCCCCAAGCGGACUGCCACAGUACGAUCUAUCAACAGUGUUGAAUGCCUUCGUAUCACAGGGCAGGUGCUUGAUGAACUCUGGAGAAACUGGUCCUCGAGUUUGCGCAAGCAGGUUGAGCAGGAAGCUAAGCGGAGACUGAAAGAAGUCGAAGAUACAGACAUUAUUCUGCCAGACGCCCCUUCUGCCGUUGAAGCCCUGUCAGCUCUACCACAGGAGGAUCAGUGGAAGAAGAGCGUACCUACCGUCACUUUCAGCAAUACAGAGGCGGAAAGUGCAAUCAUAAGAGACAUGUCUCCUGUCAUGACUGAGCCAAUGGAUCCCGAUCCGUUUUUCAGCAUUGAAAUCGAUAAUGUGCGCGGAAAGUCAAGGAGAAGCUCACUUGCCCCUCCGUCCCCCGAGCCUGUCAUGCACGAUCCCACACACAGACAACCAUCACCGCCGUCUGCAGGCCGCGCGCUGCCUUCAUCACCAUUGAAACCAAGAUCGUCUCUCUCAUCUCUCUCUCCUGCAUCUGAGACCCGUCGACCUAUUAGUAGGCGACCCAGCGUGUUUGGCAGACCAUCGAGCCGUUCAGGACGUGGCCCGCUGCCGGAUACAGUGCUUAGCAAAGUUUUCCAGUUUCUGGACCUGCCAGAUUUGAUGCGCCUUAGACUGGUCUCCCCUCACUGGACUCGACUGUUGACCACUAGUCCGGACAUUCUACACGAUCUUGAUCUGUCACGAUACAAUCGACGCGUCACAGAUCAUGCCCUAAAGGAAGCAAUCUGUCCAUUUGUUGGAACCCGCGCAUGGCAUGUCAACAUAAAUAACUGCUUUCACGUAACAGAUGAUGGCUUCGCUGCACUAGUCGAAUGCUGUGGUGAAAGUGUACGUAGCUGGAAGAUGCGCAGCGUUUGGGAUGUGACAGGACAAAGCAUACUAGACCUUGUAGGACGCGCCAAACGCCUAGAAGACAUUGACUUGAGCAAUUGCCGCAAGGUCGGCGACAACCUUUUAGCGCGUAUCAUAGGCUGGAUAGUACCACAACCACCACCUGGACACGCAGCUCCUCUGCCCCAACCCGUAGCAACAUCAUCUCGUCGUCCGGCACUGAAGCGAGGCACGAGUAGUGCAGUAGUGCCACAAGCAGAUCAACCUGCGCCAGGCACUGUGAUAGGAGCUGCUGGACUCAAGCGCUUGACACUCAGCUAUUGCAAACAUGUACAGGAUAGAAGUAUGGCGCAUAUAGCUGCACACGCGGCUAAUCGGCUCGAAAGCAUUGAUCUCACACGCUGCACAUCAGUCACUGAUCAAGGCUUCCAACACUGGGGAUUAUAUAACUUUCCACGAUUACGUAAGCUCGUUCUAGCCGACUGCACUUACCUCACCGAUCAAGCCAUCGUGGGCAUCGCGAAUGCGGCAAGGGGGCUCAAAGAGCUGGAUUUGUCUUUUUGUUGCGCGCUCUCGGAUACGGCGACUGAGGUCCUGUCAUUGGGCCUUACGCACCUGACACACCUCGACCUCGCAUUCUGCGGUUCUGCAGUCUCAGACUCUAGUCUCCGCUGCAUCGGCCUUCACCUACUAGAGCUUGAAUAUCUGUCCGUACGCGGCUGUGUACGAGUUACAGGCCAAGGCGUCGAGAGCGUGGUAGACGGAUGUCCCCAUCUCUCCCUCUUCGACGUCAGUCAAUGCAAAAAUCUCUUGCCAUGGCUACAAAAUGGCGGCGUGCAAGCCACCAGAAACAAAGGAUGUAAAGCUAGAUUUGAAGUCGUGGCUGAUGGGUCAUGGCGUGGUAGUGGGGAAGCAUAUAAGGGAUUGCAUUGCUCGACUUGA